AUGAUUAAUCAUAAAAUAUGUUAUAUAGCCAAUCAGAAAAGACUUUCUUUUCUGAAUAUUUUGCUCUCAGCUGCUGAACGGAAUGAAGGUGUUGAUGAUCGAGGAAUCCAAGAAGAAGUUGAUACUUUCAUUUUUGAGGGUCAUGAUACUACUGGAAUAGCAUUACUAUAUAUUAUCUUAUUACUGGCUGAACAUCGAGACAUACAAAAUCGGGUAAGAGCAGAAAUUGAGGAAGUAUUAGCGGAUGAUAAUGGAGAAGUCAAUUUAAAUAAUAUCAAACACUUAAAAUACUUGGAAUGUUGUAUUAAAGAAUCAUUAAGACUUUAUCCCUCAGUCGUCAUUAUAUCGAGGAAAAUUCAAGAAGAUUUAGUGUUAAAGCACUGUUGCGUGCCAAAAGGAACGAUUUUAAAUCUUCGAAUGUUUGAUACUCACCGUGAUCCUAAUUUCUGGCCACGUCCGAAUGUUUUUGAUCCAGAUAGAUUUUUGCCAGAAAACUCAGUAGACAGACACCCUUUUUCAUAUAUUCCAUUCAGUGCUGGUUCACGCAAUUGCAUUGGCCAAAAAUUUGCAAUGCUUGAAUUGAAGACAUUCAUGGCUGGUCUACUUUACAACUUUUAUUUGGAACCUCAAGAAUGUACCGCCAAUCUACGCUUGAUUCCUGAACUUGUAAUAAGACCGGCUCAUCCAGUUUAUGUCAAAUUUGUGCCAAUAAAUAGAGAUAAUUUUGUUACGCAAGAAAAAUUAAGCAACGAGUCCAAAGAAAAUAAAAUGAAACGGAAAUUAAACACUUUAACAUAUUCUGAUAAGUUGAGAGCGAUUGAAGCUGUGAAAAGUGGUUCAAAAAGGAGAAAUAUUGCUGCUCAAUUUGGAAUCCAUAAGAGAAAAAAAUGGAAAAGCCGAAGAAAAAUAUUGACUCCUGCAUUUCACCUGCAUAAUCUUAGAGAGUAUAUGGAUUGUUUUGUUUAUCAUACAAAUCAUUUGAUUAAGAAUCUCAAAUCAGAAUCGGGUUCAAAUGGAGUUAUUAAAGAACUAUUGCCGUUAGUUACAAAAUUUACUCUUAAUACAAUAGUCGUAGAAUCAACCACGGGCGUUGUAAUUGGAGAAAAAGAUAUGGAACAUUACAAGCAAUCAGUUUACGAAUUUGGAGAAACAUUUGUUUAUAGAACUUGCAGACCAUGGUUGAGGUCGGAGUUCCUUUUUAAGUUAACAUCUAAAGGUCAACAAUAUCAAAGAAAUUUGAAAGAUCUUCAUAGUUUUACUAAAAAAAUAAUCGAAGAACGUAAGCUAUAUUACGAAGAAACUAGAGGAAAAUAUUCAGAUAGCUCUAUGUCACCAAAUAAAAAGGAUCUUCAAUCUAUCCGAGCCAAUCAGAAAAGACUUUCUUUUCUGAAUAUUUUACUCUCAGCUGCUAAACGGAAUGAAGGUGUUGAUGAUCGAGGAAUCCAAGAAGAAAAUCGGGUAAGAGCAGAAAUCGAGGAAGUAUUAGCGGAUAAUAAUGGAGAAGUAAAUUUUGAUAACAUCAAACACUUAACAUACUUGGAAUGUUGUAUUAAAGAAGGAUUAAGACUUUAUCCCUCAGUCGCAAUUAUAUCGAGGAAAAUUCGAAAAGAUUUAACGUUAAAGCACUGUUAUGUGCCAAGAGGAACGAUAUUAAUUCAUCGAAUAUUUGACACUCAUCGUAAUGCUAAUUUCUGGCCACGUCCGAAUGUUUUUGACCCAGAUAGAUUUUUGCCAGAAAACUCAGUAGACAGACACCCUUUUUCAUAUAUUCCAUUCAGUGCUGGUUCACGCAAUUGCAUUGGCCAAAAAUUUGCAAUGCUUGAAUUGAAGACAUUCAUGGCUGGUCUACUUUACAACUUUUAUUUGGAACCUCAAGAAUGUACCGCCAAUCUACGCUUGAUUCCUGAACUUGUAAUAAGACCGGCUCAUCCUGUUUAUGUCAAAUUUGUGCCAAUAAAUAGAUAG